GCGACUUUGAAAUAAGAAUAGAGACCAAUCACCAUGGCUAAACCAUACCCUCAAGUUGUGCUCUUUGGAGAUUCUCUGUUCCAAGGGUCUGUGGUGACCUUUGAAGGCUUUUGCUUCCAGGCCGAGCUUCAAUGUCAUGUAAAUCGCCGUUAUGACGUUGUCAACCGUGGGUUUUCGGGUUGGAAUUCGGCGAACGCUUUGAAAUAUCUUCCCGAGAUGUUUCCCCCUCCUUCACCUUCAGGACCACAACUGAAGUACCUGUUGGUUCUUCUGGGCGCAAACGAUGCAGUUCAGCCCAUGCACACGACAACCCAAAAUGUGCCCCUAGAAGAGUACAAGCAGAACCUCAUUAAGAUCGUCACGCACCCCAACAUCACAGCCCACAACCCCAAGAUCCUCCUCGUCACGCCGCCGCCCAUCGACGAGAUCCGCAUCACCAAGCUGGACCUGGCCUGGGGCCACCCAAAGCCGACCCGGACAGCCAAGGUCAGCGCAGGAUACACCCAAGCGGCCCGCGAGGUCGCCGCCGAGGUCCCCGGUGUGGUCUCGAUCGACCUGUGGCAAGCCCUCAUGGACCACGCCGUCGCCAAGACGCCUGGCUUCAAGGCCGGAGGGCCUUUGCUCGGCACCCCGGAGCUCGGCGAGCAGGGCGGGCUCCACUUGAGCGGCGAGGCGUAUAGGGUGUUUUAUCAGACGGUGCUGCCUCACAUUGGGCAAGAGUACGUCGGUCUGCCUGACGACGAUCGUACGGACUAUGUCUUUCCAGAUUGGCGGGAUCUCAACCCUCCGGCGUAGGUGAGUCUGGGAUGGACGAAGGAGAAGCUAAUAGAGCGGUCCAUGCGAUGCUGCAUGUAUUCUGCAGGAAGCGCCGCAGUGGCAUUUCAAAUCAAGUGGAUUCUUUGUAAGAAACUGCCCGAGUACCCAAGAUGAUGCUUCCGAAAUAGCUAAAGCAUGUGAUGACGG